AGCUAUCCCAGCAGGGCAACGACUCCAAAAUAACGCCCGAAGAUCACUUCCACCAAUUGACCCCCUCACCCAAGCCUCCGUUCCAUAAUGUUUCAUCAAAUUCAGACAUUCGCCGUGAUAAGGUGACCUCUGAAGACACUUGUCACCCUCACGAUAAAGUCGAAGCUCUUCAGCGUGACAGGAAAGCAGCCACCCCUAGAGGUGCUAGGCCCAGGAGACCGCUUCCUCCCAGACCAGCAGACCUCCAGAAUCAAUCCGCUACCCCGGCCGCCUUCGCUCACGACCCUGAUGUAAAGGAUCCUCUCCCCCAUUAUACCCGAGAUACAUCACUUUCUCGUGCAUCGUCGCCAUUGAACAGCCCAGUUACCUCAUCCUUCAAUACAUCUGCCGCUCGCUAUGAUACUCCUAGCCGCCCAUAUCCCGAUCAGAAAGGGACCGAUCCUCUUAACUACACAUUUUCACUUGGACUUCCUUGCGGUAACUCUCGCCAAUAUCACGCUGCGCCUGCCCAAGUACCAUUUGAUCCUUACGUGGCUUAUGGUGGAUCCAGUCCUAAUCUGCCAUCGUCAUCUCAGAAGACGGGUCGCGUGGACCCUGCAUCUCUUUAUGCUUCUUCCGUCUCGUCGCAUGUACAAGCGAGCUCACGGCCAUACCAAACAUGGAAUACUCCCCCUCUUCGACCCGUGGACUCUUCGUCUACGCAGCCGUAUGCACCUUCUGCCGUUCCUCAUCCAUCGUCUCAUUCGGCGUCAGCAGCCCCUCCCACCGCUGGACGGAGAUGGGCCAUGAACGAGGCUGAUAUGACUAACCAUUUCUAUCGUGCUUGAUGUGCUUGAGUCCAUCAUACCUAUUCUACCCGCCAAACUGCCAUACUUAUUAGAAUUGUAUCCAUUAAAAAGCACCAACGAUAUACCUAUGACUCAUGAUCAUUGCAUGUAUGUAGUUGAUCUAUAUGUAGAUUAGUUAUCUCCAUACCAUUUCAUGAAAGAAGAUUGAGUUUCGUUAUUACUCUUAUAAUUAUAUGUCUCGGCCAUGCAUCACAAUAUUCGUGUAGUGUUAAGCUUGGUGUAAAUAGCUUCAACGAUCGUAUCCGUGCCUGGGUCUGCCGUAACGACAUGCGUGUUUUUAGGUUCCGUUAGACGAACUUCCUGUUCCUGGUAAGUUUCCAUCACAACCCCUUUAUAUGCUUGUGUUCUGUGCAGUAAACUGAUUCUGGCUUUCCCCCAUGUCUUCUACCAGCCGAACCUCUACAAGUACUACUCACAAACAAGCGGAAAAGCCUUCAGACUAUGUCUAUUUUGAGCGCACUUCGAAAGGUUUCUCAGACGAUGCAGUCGCAAGGGCUAAGUCUGCCCAGAUGAAGCUUGAGCAUUUCUAUAAGGUGGCCGUAGAUGCUGCCAUAGAAAGGAACACAAGGUACGUGCUCUUCGCUCCUGUAAGCCCGUCGAAUGAAUAUCAUGAACGCAGGCGCGUCGAGCUAGAGAAGAGGUUGCAGGGUGAAGUUACUCUGUCAGACGAUCGUAAACAUCGUCAGCUUCUGCAGCUAGGCAGGAAAGAAUCAACUUUUCUUCGGCUCCGGAGAACGAAGUUGGGCUUGGGUGAUUUUAGGACGGUUAAAGUUAUUGGGAAAGGAGCAUUUGGAGAGGUGCGGCUGGUGCAGAAAACCGACACGGGGAAGAUAUAUGCCAUGAAGACUUUGAUAAAGCAAGAAAUGUUGAAAAAAGAUCAGUUGGCUCAUGUGCGCGCGGAGCGCGACGUACUGGCUGAAUCGAAUUCACCAUGGGUGGUUCAGCUCUUCUAUUCCUUCCAGGAUCCACAGACACUUUACCUGAUCAUGGAAUUUCUCCCUGGAGGUGACCUCAUGACCAUGUUGAUCAAGUAUGAUACUUUCUCAGAAGAUGUCACGCGCUUCUAUAUCGCGGAAUGUGCACUGGCCAUUGAAGCUGUGCACAAAAUGGGCUUUAUACACCGAGAUAUAAAGCCUGACAACAUUCUUAUUGACAAGGAAGGUCAUAUCAAGCUGUCGGACUUUGGUCUCUCCACAGGAUUUCACAAGCAGCACGACUCGGCCUACUACCAAAAGCUGCUAGACUCAGCAAACGGCGUAUCAAAACCUACCGCCGCUGCGCGUAAUAGUGUGCAGGUGAACGCUAUUCAUCUUACGAUGACGAGCAAGGAUCAGAUUGCAACGUGGAAAGCGAAUCGGAGAAAACUGGCUUAUUCGACGGUGGGCACACCCGAUUACAUCGCCCCGGAAAUCUUCCAGCAGAAGGGAUACGGUAACGAGUGCGAUUGGUGGUCUCUCGGUGCCAUCAUGUUCGAAUGCCUCGUCGGGUACCCUCCCUUCUGCUCCGAAUCGACACAAGAAACCUAUCAAAAGAUCAUCCAGUGGCAGUAUCAUCUGGCUUUCCCAGAUGACGUCCAUCUUAGCCGCGAAGCAGAGGAUUUAAUCAGACGCCUCAUCACCUCACCCGACCGGCGAAUGGGGGUUGACCAGAUUAAAUCUCACCCUUUCUUCUAUGGUGUAGAUUGGGCGAUGAUUCGGCAGAUAGAUGCGCCGUUUGUUCCCCACCUACGUUCCAUGACAGACACGUCCUACUUUCCGACGGACGAGAUCGAACAAGGCAAUCUUGACACGCCAGUAUCUGAGGGAGACGCCAAUAAGGAUUUGGCUUUCUUGGGCUACACAUUCAAGAGAUUCACCAUCUCGUCACAGGCAUAAUGCUGUGUCAUAUCCUCUUUGUAAGUCGAUUUAGGUACUGAAACCACGCCAUAGCGUUUUGUUUGUUCAGUGGACUUGAGACUGUACUUCUAUCAUCUCAUCAUUUUAUCCGCCG